AGGAAGGCAAGUGUGAAGGUGAAGUCAGACGGCAUUGAGGCUCGCCGAGCUCUGCCGAAACUCCUACCGUGAGCGCCUCCACCGGCUUUCAUCUUAUCCCCACCUCUCUUCCGACGCCGCUCGCAUCGAUCUGUAAACACCAGCGUGGUUCCAAUCUUCGCAUUGUUUUAUUUUCCUACCUUUGUAUGUUAUCGGAUGCAGUGAUAAGAUAGCAGGCUAGUAUGAUGGAAUUCGCCUGUUCGUUGCCGAAGCUCUCAGGAGCCGGUGGUAUCCAGAUCCGGUUCGUGCAGACCUCACGUGCAUUCAAACGGCACGCGAAUCAGAGCAGAUCUUUCAGGACCAGCGCGACCUUUUUACGAGAAGCUCCGGGCGGUGCGCCAGAGAAAGUACGUGGUCAGCGGAAAGUCUUCGACUCUGUGGAUGAAGCCGUUGCCGACAUCAAGUCUGGAUCAACAGUCCUGAGCGCCGGCUUCGGAUUAUGCGGUACAGCAGAGACCAUCAUUGGCGCCAUGGUGCGGCGCGGUGCCGACAACUUGCACUCACUUACCGCUGUCUCCAACAACGCCGGCACGGCAGUCGGUGGUGGUCUCUCGCCGCUUAUUGCGGGCGGCCAAGUGACCAAGGCCAUCUGCAGCUUCAUCGGCAACAACAAAGCGUUGGAGAGCAGGUACCUAAACGGCGAGAUUGCUAUCGAACUUACACCGCAAGGUACUCUUGCGGAGAAGAUCCGAUGCGGUGGCGCCGGUAUUCCGGCUUUCUUCACUCCCACAGGCGUCAACACUUUCGUGCAAACUGGCCAGAUUCCCCAGAGACUCAAGGGUUCCGAGAUUAUCGAACCUGGCAAGCCCCGAGAGACCCGUAUCUUUGACGGUAGGAUCUACAACAUGGAGACUGCGAUCAAGGGCGAUGUGGCAAUCUUGCGCGCGCACAAGGUUGAUGAAGCUGGCAACUGCCAGUUCAGGUACACGACACAAUCAUUUGCACCCCUCAUGGCCAAGGCAGCCAAAGUCUCCAUCGUCGAAGCCGAGCACAUCGUCCCGGUCGGUGAGCUGAAAUCAGACGAGAUCGACCUACCUGGCAUCUUCAUCGACCGUAUUGUAAAGGCCACUGCAGAUAAAAUGAUUGAGUUCAAGACCCUCCGCAAGGAGGAAAAUCUCGAGGAACAAGGCCAAAAGGACCCUGCUCUAGCCCGACGAAACCGCAUCGCGAAGCGUGCUGCCAAGGAGCUCAAGCCCGGCUUCUAUGUCAAUCUCGGAGUCGGCAUGCCUACCCUCGCACCAUCGUACCUACCGCCUGACGCAAAUGUUUGGAUACAGUCCGAAAACGGUAUCCUUGGUAUGGGCCCCUACCCUACCGAGGAGGAGCUCGACCCGGACAUUAUUAAUGCAGGCAAGGAGACCGUCACGCUCGUACCCGGUGCCAGCACUUUCGACAGCAGCGAAUCUUUUGGCAUGAUCCGUGGCGGUCACGUCGAUGUCAGUAUGCUCGGUGCUCUUCAAGUCGGCGCAAACGGUGAUCUUGCAAACUACAUGAUUCCAGGAAAGGUGUUCAAGGGUAUGGGUGGUGCUAUGGAUCUUGUCGGCAACCCGGAUGCGACGAAAAUUGUUGUCCUGACCGAUCAUGUCGACAAGAGUGGCAAGCCGAAGAUCGUCCAGAAUUGCACCCUCCCGCUUACUGGCGCUCGCGUUGUCAGCACCAUCAUUACUGAUCUUUGCGUGUUCGAUGUUGAUCGCAAGAAGGGGGAGUUGACUUUGAUCGAGCUUGCGCCAGGCGUGGAGCUCGACGAGGUCAAGCAGAAGACAGGCGCCAAGUUCAACGUCGCGGAGAACCUUGGCAGAAUGGAGUAAGUACUGACAUCGAAAGUUGCAGUGGCUGUA